CCAUUUAUUAAUUUCAGUCCUCAAAGUCUCUCUCUCUCUCUCUCUCUCUGUUUCUCUCUCUACUUCACUGCUCUGUCUGUGAUGCGCUAAAGACAAGAACCUCAAAAAAAAAAACUUAGAAUGGCAGCGACAACCACAACAACAUUCCUCAAACUUCAAAACCAGCCCACCAAGCCCAAACGACAACGUAAGUGUCGUCAAACCACUAUCUCCUCCUCCGCUUCCUCUUCUACUUCUUCCUCUCCAAACGACACCGUUUCCACCCGCACUCGCGAUGCCACCACCGCCACCAUAACAACCCACGAACCCGAACCCAACCCGCAAUUACCCGAUUCACCUUCAACCUACUACAGAUUCCGAUUCUCCCCUGGCAAGUCUUCCCCAGUCAUGGACUACACUCACUCUUCUCCGCUUUCCAACGGACAUUCGGGUCCGGGUCAGGGUCAUGACCCGUUUCCUUCCAGCUUCUCCAAGUUCAACAACGCCCUCACCGCUGGCCUCCUCAACCCAAUGUCGCCGCCGCCGGAUAAACCCCGCUCCAGCCCCACCCUCUUUGAAAUGAUGGUUAGCGAACCGGAUAUCAAUCAUCACAGAAACCAGAUCCCGCCGAGUAACAACAACAUUGCCGCACCGCCGAUGCAGAAACCGCAAAUUCCGGUGAUGGACCGGCAAACCCUGAUGAUGCAGCGGAUAUCGGAGUUGUUAGGUUCUCGGAGCCCCGGGAAUCAGUUCAACGACCCGACUAACAGUGACAUCAAGCUCACGCUCAGCUCCAAAGAUGGGUUUAGCAUCUCCAUGAACGUGCAUCGCCAGAUUCUUGUUGCGCAUAGCAGAUUCUUCUCGGUGAAGCUCUCUGAUCGCUGGACGCAGCAGCAGAACCGGUCGGCGUUGCCUUAUCUUGUUGAGAUUGCUGAUUGUGAUGAUGUUGAGGUUUAUGUUGAGACUUUGAGGUUGAUGUACUGUAAGGAUCUCAGGAAGAAGCUCAUGAAGGAUGAUGUUUCCAGAGUUCUGGGUAUCUUAAAGGUUUCAGCAGCAAUUGGAUUUGAUGCUGGGGUUUUGUCUUGUUUGGAGUACUUGGAAGCAGCCCCAUGGGCUGAGGAUGAAGAAGAAAAGGUGGCCUCGCUCCUGUCGGAGCUUCGUCUUGAUUCUGUUGGAGCUGGAGAAGUUUUGAAAAGGGUUUCAAUUGAAGUUACCCAUGGAAAUGAAGAGGGGAGUGAUAAUGAGGAAGUUCUUCUUAAACUUAUUCGUGUGGUUCUUGAAGGCAAAGAUGAGAAGGCUAGACGUGAAAUGAAAGGGUUGGUGUCAAAGAUGCUCCGUGAAAAUUCUUCACAGAACGAUCUUCGGAAGGAGUCUAUAUACUCGGCAUGCGAUGAUUGUCUUCAGUUACUUCGUCUCCACUUCUUACAGGCUGCAGCUUCGGACAUGCGGGAUGUAAGUCAAAUUGCAAGGCAAGCAGAUAAUUUGCAUUGGAUCUUGGAUAUUUUAAUCGAUAGACAGAUUGCUGAAGAUUUCUUGAAAACAUGGGCUUCUCAAUCAGAAUUAUCGGAAGCGCAUGCUAAAGUUCCUGCAGUUCAUAGGUUUGAGAUUAGCAGAGUUACAGCGAGAUUGUUUGUUGGGAUUGGGAAAGGACAGUUAUUGGCUUCUAAAGAUGCUAGGUGUUUACUUCUAAAAACAUGGCUGGUUCCCUUUUAUGAUGAUUUCGGUUGGAUGAGGAGGGCAUCCAAAGGCCUCGAUAGGCACCUAAUCGAGGAUGGUCUUAGUAACACGAUUCUCACCCUGCCACUAUCCUGGCAACAGGAAAUUUUGCUAGCUUGGUUUAAUCGUUUCUUGAACUCCGGCGAAGAUUGCCCAAAUAUUCAAAGAGGGUUUGAGGUUUGGUGGAGAAGGGCUUUCUGGAAGAGGAAUGGAGAGCAAGAACAGACAAGACAAUUACGAAUUACAUCUGCAUCAAUUGAGAACCCUUGAAGACAUAUUGUUCAAACCUGGUGGAAUUGACACCACUAUACUGGGUUAAGUUGAUGGAAUGUCCAUCACGAAUUUCUUUUAUGGUGGAGCAUCAAAUAGCUUUGGAUGCAAGGCACAUAAAGAAUGAGGAUGACGAUAAAUAUACUUGAAUGCCUUUCUUGGAAAGUAAUUUAUAUUGAUUUUUGAAUGGGAUUGAAUAUAUCCAAUCGGUUGUGUUGCACAGGAAUAACUUCAAUGGGGGUUUAGCUGCGGGAAUAUAAUAUGUUUCUUUUUUGAGAAUGGUUUGAUUCUUUUUAAUCUCUUGCUUUUCAAUUGAAGUUUGAGGGUUCCAAAUAUUAGCCAUGGAAAAAGGAACACUAGAAGAAGUAAAAGAAAAGCAUUUACAUUUUGAGUUUUCAUCAAUA